AAAAAACUUGAAACACUUGGGUCUGAAGAUGAGUACGACGGAGAUUUUAAUGAAUCAAGUGAAGACCUGAUAUCUCCAGUACCAGGAGGCCCGUUUUCAGCUCUGACACCGUCCAUGUGGCCGCAAGAUAUCCUAGCAAAGCUGAACCAACCUGAAGACCCAAAUUCUCAACCAGACUACAGGUUCGACGAGUUUGGCUUUCGAGUCGAAGAAGAAGACGGCCCUGAACAGAGUUCUAAAAAACUCCUGGGAGUGCCAUUCGUCGAGGACCCACAGCACAGACAACAAUGGCUGACCCUAAUGGAGUUCAGUCGUUCCCAAGAAAUCCCAGAAACUCUGUGGCACCGAACAGACCAGCGUCUGCCCAGAACUGACAAGCUCAGAGAGAUGGUGAGACGUGGAAUUCCUCACUCACUUCGUCCGAGAAUCUGGAUGAGGAUGUCCGGAGCUCUGCAUAAAAAAAUAUCCUCAGACAUGAGCUACAAGGAUAUCGUAAAAGCAUCAAGCAGCGACGCGUUGAUGACCAGUAAACAAAUAGAGAAAGAUUUACUGAGGACUAUGCCAGCGAAUUCCUGCUUUAGCAAUUUACAUAGCACGGGAAUCCCAAGAUUGAGGCGAGUAAUGCGAGGCUUGGCUUGGCUCUACCCGGACAUUGGCUACUGCCAAGGAACAGGAACUAUGGCCGCGUCUCUGCUGCUUCUGUUAGAAGAAGAAGAUGCGUUUUGGAUGAUGGCUACGAUUGUGGAAGACUUGCUGCCUGCUUCUUAUUAUUCUUCUACACUUCUAGGGGUUCAAGCAGACCAAAGAGUCCUGAGGACACUUAUCGCUAAUUACUUACCUGACAUUGAUCAUGUUUUGUCGCAGCAUGAUAUAGAAUUAAGCUUGAUCUCUCUUCACUGGUUCUUAACUCUCUUUGCUUCAGUUGUCCACAUGAAAAUUCUGCUGAGAAUCUGGGACUUGCGACGGCAUCUAGCCUACCUAAUGGCUGACCAGGGUGGCCUGGUUGGUAAUCCUGAUGCAGUACCCAAUUUACCAAAGCAACACCUCAAUAAGCGGCAAAUGAAGCGCAACAAGUCGGUCCUCCAGACAUUUUUAUUCGGCAGCGACGACAGCGAAGAGGAUGCUAAGUCGAAAAAUAUAAGACAGACGGAAAUUCUGGUUGAUUUAAGAGAAACUAUCUUACAAUUAGCAAGACACUUCAUCAAUGUGGAUCCUAAAUUGACUAAUGUGUCGUUAAUUGCUGACUACACCAUGGAGAGCCACUCGAAGGACCAUGAUAAUUAUGUCAAUGUCUCGCGGACUCGUAAUAGACGAGCUAAAGCGUUGCUGGACUUUGAGAGACACGAUGAUGAUGAACUGGGGUUCAGAAAAAAUGAUAUCAUAACUAUUAUUAGUCAGAAGGAUGAGCAUUGCUGGGUUGGUGAACUGAAUGGACUUCGCGGCUGGUUUCCGGCUAAGUUUGUUGAGCUGCUGGACGAGAGGAGCAAACAAUACACGUGCGCUGGAGAUGAUGCUGUUAGUGAGGCAGUCACUGAUCUUGUUAGAGGCAGUCUCUGUCCGGCUGUUAAGGCUUUUCUUGAACACGGGAUGCGUCGGCCGUCUUUCCUUGGGGGCUCUUGUCAUCCCUGGCUGUUUAUUGAAGAAGCUUCUACUCGGGAGGUUGAGAAAGAUUUUAAUUCGGUCUACAGCAGGCUUGUUCUUUGCAAGACUUAUAGGCUUGAUGAGGACGGCAAAGUUCUUACGCCAGAAGAGUUACUUUAUCGCUGCGUUCAGGCUGUUAAUUUAACCCACGAUAACGCUCAUGCACAAAUGGAUGUUAAACUCCGGUCGCUAAUUUGUUUGGGAUUAAAUGAACAAGUUUUGCAUUUAUGGCUUGAGGUUUUAUGCUCUUGUGUUGAAAUUGUGCAAAAGUGGUAUCAACCAUGGAGUUACAUUAAUAGUCCAGGCUGGGUUCAAGUCAAAUGCGAAUUAAGAAUUCUUAGUCAAUUUGCAUUUAAUUUAAAUCCUGACUGGGAAUUACCAAGAAAAAAAGAACAAUCACAACCCUUAAAGGAUGGUGUUCGCGAUAUGCUUGUUAAACACCACCUUUUUUCUUGGGAUCUGUGA